AUGGGUGACAAGGACACCCCCGGGCCAGCGGCUGACACGUCUGAUGCGUCUCCAGCGUCGCCGCCACCGUCCUACGCCCAUGCCUCUUCACCAUCAGAGUCCACAAACGCGCUCAGCGACGGCACCGCCUCCGAGCCACCUGCGGCCGAGGACGCGCCCGACGCACCGCCGGCACCUCAAACGCAACCUGACGCGGCCGAUGCGGUGGUACCCCUGACCAACACCCCUCCCCCCAAACCCCCUUCGCCUGACAAGGCGACGCCCUCACCGCACCCCUCCCCGCCGAACCCGCCAGAGCCUAUUUCUGCACCCCCGCGUCGCCGUCCCAAACCGCCCUCAAAGGGCAUCCUCAAGCCACCUCCAGCACCCGUCAAGCCGACGUUCGGGAACCGCCUUCGCGAUAUUGUCGGGUCUGUAACGGGUGAGGUGCCGGGUCCUUCAUCGCCGCAUGCGCACCAGGCCGUGAACGCGGCCAUGGGCACGUUCAACGCACUCUCGGGACGGCUGCUGGGCCGGUUUGGGCGGGACGGGGGGGAAGGACCGCCGACUCCGCCCAAGCGCCAAGGGGUGCCUCCCCCCACCACGCCGCACGCAGAGCCUCCGCGCCCCGUACUCGUCGCAGCGCCCCUACCGGCGUCCGAGCGCGCGCGACAGAAGCAGCCACUCAAACGCGCUGCGUUCGUGUUACCCUCCAUCAGCAUCACGUAUCCCAUCAGCUCGAUUGCCGAGCCGUGGAGCAAGAAGGUGCUCGAGGACCGCGACAAGGUGGAGACGCGACAGCGCCAGCUGCUGAGCACCGCCAGUGGGGCCGAGUACUGGUCGUCGAUGCGGCUCAUCAAGCUGUAUGAGAGCGCGUGCAGAGGCCGCGAGGAGAAACCGCGCCUGGGCAUCGUGCGUGCCCUCCAGGCUAUUCCUGCACACCCCAAGCCACGGCUCGUGCACCUCGUGCUCCACGAUACGCCCAGAGAGUCGCUUUCGCACCCAGCACCGUACACCCUCGAGCACCCGCUCAAUCGCUAUGCGGCGGAGGCCCUUGCCGACGUGCUUGCAGUCGAAUGGUCUCUGGGAGAUCUGCGGCUCGAGCGCGGCGUAAUCGAAGCAGAAGAGGCUCUCAAGCCUAUCCUCCAUGCCUUACUUGUUAGCGGAACGUUGCCGUCACUCAGCCUUGCCGGGAACAAGAAGAUCAAGGCUGGAGGAUGGCAGCUCGUGGCCGUGUUCUUGAAACGAGCCCGUUCGCUCAAGUUCAUCGACCUCUCAGAGACGAGCUGGGACAAGCGUGGGAUAGACUACCUUGUCCAGGCAUUCAACUCGUCCGAAGCGCCAGGGGAGAGGGGACCAAACGGCUCGCGUGCCCCAACGCCACAGCCAGGAGAGGAGGCGCCCGGGGGCGACCCGCGCAACCAGUAUGGCCCGUUCCUGGCAACAGCGCCAUUGCUCAAGGACGUCGACGUGGACGCCUUGCCGUCAGCCGUCCAGAGUUUGCGACUGGAUAACUGCUACAUGCGCUCGGGUGUGCUGGACGCUUUGGCGAGUGGCAUACGCUCGUCCGAGUUGAGGCAUAUCUCUCUGCGCAACAACCGCAUCGGACCUCUUGGCGCCGUGUCCCUCGCCGUCAUGAUCCGUGACUACCCUGACACGAGUGCGUUUGGGACACUCUCGGGCGCUGGGACGGAACUCCCGUACGCGGCCAGGCAGCGCAAAACUCUUCCAGAGCUGCCUCCUGACGAUCCCAACCUGCCGCCUGUGCCGGCGCUGUCGUCGACUGGCGGCGUGACCACGCGUGUCGACCCGGAAGGCUACAAACCGCCACCGGCUCCCAAGCACCCCUUAGUGAUGCCUGGCGGCGGCUACAGCGCGAUGCAAGAAAGCGCCAGCUUUUCCCUCAAUUCGUCUGCCGUCGAAGGCAAGCUCUCGGCGCCCGAGUUCGGCGGCGCGAGCCUGGCUUUGCAGCGGAGCGUGCGUGCGCUGGACGGCGUCGAGCGAAUCGGGCGCCUCGUGACGCUGGAUCUGAAGAGCAACGACAUCCGCAACGGCGUGACGUACAUUGCACAGGUCCUAAAGCGGAAUCGCACACUGCGUGUGCUCAACGUCAGCGACAACAAGCUCGACGCAGCCGGCCUCGUCGCACUCGCCGAGGCGCUCAAGUACAACUCGACGCUGGAGACCCUCGACGUGAGCUCGAAUCCGUGCUGCGGUCCGAGCCUAGUAGCAAUCGCGGCCCUCCGCGCGUCUUUCACUCUCAACAGCAGCCUGAAGCGCCUCUUCCUGCAAGACACAGGCCUCACAACCGAGGGCGCGAUCGACCUCGCCGAGUUCAUCCCCGAGAACCACUCACUCCUCCACCUGGACGUGACGGCCAACCCGGCAAUCGGGACGGCGGGUCUCCUAGCCCUCGCAUCAGGGCUCAAGUCGAACAACGUCGUUCGUUGUCUUGACGUCAGCAUCCCCCCAAACGACCCGAACCUCGCCGAGCUCUCCCAGAGCAUCCUCCAGAGCUGUAUCCGCAACACGGAGUUGGCUGCCACAGCAGCGAACGAGAGCGCAAAGGGCAAGCCGGCGCGUGGGGCCAAGGCGGCGAUAUGGGGCCCAAUCAAGAAGAGUGCUUUGGUCCGCAGCGUCAAGGAGGCGGACGAGGCGCGCGCCCAGCGCGAACGCGAGACCGUCGUCAACAGCGUCGAAGGCCAGGCUCGCGAGUUUGUCUACCGCCUUAAGCCGGAACAGCUCCUCCCUGCAGCCGAGGAGACGGUACGUGGCCUCGAGUCAUGGUACGCUGCCGGGGUGAAUGUGCGUCGUGGUCCCCACGCUGCAUGGGAAGGCACGCAGAUGCCAAAGGACGACUUCCGGCCGCUGGUGGAGCGCUCGCGCGCCCUCUCCGAACGUAUCGCCACAACUCUGGCGGCUGGGGAAGAAGUCGCAGCGGUGGCAGACGCGACCCAUCUCGAGCGCCUGCUGGUUCUGAAUGACAAGUUGACUACGCUUGUGGGCAACGCGCGGGGAUUCAUGCCUCCCCCCCGUAUCCUCUUGCCGUCCCAAAUCGCGUUCUCUGCCCCUGCGCCACCAGUCAUAACCGCGCCACAGAGUGGACACCUCACCACCCCCCGCCGGAGGCACCAGCACUCUACGAGUCUCGAGAUCUCGAGCCCCAAUUUCAGCAUUGGGGAUAGCGAUGCUGAGAGUGAUGCGGAGGAGCUGGACGCUGCAACUCUCGCCCCAACUUCGCGCGGAAUCCUCGCACAGAGCAUGGACAAGAUGCGCGCGGAUAGACGGGCUGCCGCCAAGAGACCCCAGCCGACGAUUAGCGUCGUCACUAAUGGGGACAAGGAGGCCAAGGACCCAGAGGAUGUCAAGCAUGCCGAGAGGCUGGUUGAGGCCGAACUCGCACAGGGUCUCCUUAGUAGUCCAGUGGAUCACGUGUCGCGCCGCUGGGUCGAGGAGGAGGCUGAGAUCUUCCGGCGCGGUACCCGACUCGGCGUCGUCGACAGCGAUAGCGAGGACGAGGACGGCAAGAAGAAGGCUGCGCCGCCCGCGUUGCAGGGCGACACGUCAGGGUUGUCGGGCGAGGAACUGCGCAAGGAGAUUAUGAACACGGACGUACCGCGGAGCCCGCCACGGUCCGUCGCCGAGCUCAACGCCGACGACUCGGACGACUCGAAGGACGACGAGGCGGCGUGA